ACGAUAGCAGCAACUACACUCUACACAAGCAAAAAGAGACCAGCUGCUACGUGCAUGCAACAGCAUGAAGGUCAAGGUCCAGAGCUCGAGGAUUGUCAAGCCGCUGUACGACGGCGGCGAGGCGCCGCCGGCGGCGGCGGAGUGGAUGCCGCUCAGCGUGUUCGACACGGUGACGUACGACGAGAACAUCGCCGUCAUCUACGCGUUCAAGCCGCCGAACCCGCCCACGGCGGCGCUGGAGGUUGGUCUGGCGCGGGCGAUGGCGGUGUACCGGGAGUGGGCGGGGCGGCUCGGCGUCGGGCCCGACGGGCGGCGGUCGGUGCUGCUCAACGACGCCGGGGCGCGGUUCGUGGAGGCCGCCGUGGACGCGCCGCUGGCCGUGGCUGUGCCGUUCAGGCCGUCGCCGGAGGUGAAGCGGCUGCACCCGAGCAUCGACGGCGCCGCCCCCGCCGCGGAGGAGCUGCUGCAGGUGCAGGUCACCCGGUUCUCGUGCGGGUCCAUGGUGCUCGGCGUCGCGUCGCACCACAGCAUCGCCGACGGGCAGGCCGCGGCGGACUUCCUGGUGGCGUGGGGGCUCGCCACGCGCCGGCUGCCGGUGGCGCCGCUCCCCGUCCGCGACCGCGCCACCAGGUUCGUGCCGCGGGACCCGCCGCUCGUCGAGUUCCCGCACCGGGAGACGGAGUACACGGCGCCGGCGCCGGCGCCGGCCAAGAAGGACGGCGACGACGACGACGAGGAGCUCGGCUCGGCGGCGCACGACAAGAUCAAGGUGCACAAGGUGCACUUCACCAAAGACUUCGUGUCGCGGCUCAAGGCGCGGGCCUCGUCGGGCCUCCCGCCGUCGCGGCGCGGCUACACCACCUUCGAGAGCCUCGUCGCCCACCUCUGGCGCGCGGUGACCGCAGCGCGGGGCCUCGUCGCCGGCGAGACCACCAAGAUCCGCAUCUCCGUCAACGGCCGUGCCCGCAUGCGCCCGCCCGCCCCGCGCGGCUACUUCGGCAACCUCGUCCUCUGGGCGUUCCCGCGCUGCGACGCCGGCGACCUCGUCUCCCGCACCGUGAAGCACGCCGCCGAGCUCAUCCACCGCGCCGUCGCCGGGGUCGACGACGCCUACCUCCGCUCCUUCGUCGACUUCGCCUCCUCCGGCGCCGUCGAGUCCGAGGGCCUCGUCCCCACCGCCGACACCAACCAGGUGGUGCUCUGCCCUAACCUGGAGGUGGACAGCUGGCUCGGCAUCAGCUUCUACGACCUCGACUUCGGCGGCGGCUGCCCCUUCUACUUCAUGCCGUCCUACCUCCCCAUGGAGGGCACCCUCUUCCUCGUCCCCUCCUUCCUCGGCGACGGCAGCAUCGAGGCCUACGUGCCGCUCUUCGAGAACCAUCUAGAAGCUUUCAAGAAGAUUUGCUACAACAUCGCCUAGCUCGCUACGUACGUACGUACGUAUAGUAAAAAAAAAUCAGCCACAUAAUCCAGCUUUAAUUAAUAUACAAAAUAAUCAUCGAACUUCUGUAACAAGAACAGCACGCGUAUAUACAUAGAGAUCACACUAGCUAGCUGUGUCACUGUUUGUAGAAGCUUAGCCAGUACUUGCUUAAUUUUCCAAAUCUUCGAUAUCGUUAACUUUUAAAUCUAUUUUUAACCAA